GGAGGCGGUCCCUCCCGUGCCAGCCACGCCCCGGCCGGGUUUAUAACUCGCCUGAUCGCGCUCCCGGAGCCGCGGCUUCGUUCCCGCUCCGGCCGGACUCGGGCGCGCCCCCAGGGCUGGCCGCCCGACGACUCCCGCCUCGCGCCGCUCGCGCUCGCUCGCGCGCUCACACCCACGUUGCCCUUCACCGCACGCGCUCACACUCAUUCUCGCGCGCUUGCCUCACGCACACAGGCGCGCUCCCACACGCGGGAGCGCUCCCACUUGCACGCGCGCUCCCACCGCCCUGUGCGCCGCCUCGCGCUCCGGAGCGCUAGCCUCGCAGAGGCGCAGGCACCGCAGGCGAGAGCGCCGAGGGGACCCACGGCCUCCCCAUGGCUGACCUGAGCUUCAUCGAAGAUUCCGUGGCCUUCCCGGAGAAGGAGGAGGAUGAGGAGGAAGAGGAGGAGGGUGUGGAGUGGGGCUACGAGGAAGGUGUUGAGUGGGGCUUGGUGUUUCCGGAUGCUAAUGGGGAGUACCAGUCUCCCAUUAACUUGAACUCAAGAGAAGCUCGAUAUGACCCCUCACUGCUGGAUGUCCGCCUCUCCCCGAAUUACGUGGUCUGCCGGGACUGUGAGGUCGCCAACGAUGGGCACGCCAUUCAGGUUAUCCUGAAGUCAAAAUCAGUUCUAUCCGGAGGUCCAUUGCCUCAAGGGCAUGAAUUUGAGCUGUAUGAAGUCAGAUUUCAUUGGGGAAGAGAAAACCAGCGUGGUUCUGAGCACACAGUUAAUUUCAAAGCUUUUCCCAUGGAGCUCCACCUGAUACACUGGAACUCCACCUUGUUUGGCAGUAUCGAUGAGGCUGUGGGGAAGCCCCGUGGAAUCGCCAUCAUUGCCUUGUUUGUUCAGAUCGGAAAAGAACACGUAGGCCUGAAGGCUGUAACUGAAAUCCUCCAGGAUAUUCAAUAUAAGGGGAAGUCCAAAACAAUACCCUGCUUUAAUCCUAACACUUUAUUACCAGACCCUCUGCUGCGCGAUUACUGGGUCUACGAAGGCUCUCUCACUAUUCCGCCCUGCAGUGAAGGUGUUACCUGGAUAUUAUUCCGAUACCCUCUAACAAUAUCCCAGCUACAGAUUGAAGAAUUUCGAAGGCUGAGGACACAUGCCAAAGGGGCAGAGCUUGUGGAAGGCUGUGAUGGGAUUUUGGGAGACAAUUUUAGACCCACUCAGCCACUCAGUGACAGAGUCAUUAGAGCCGCGUUUCAGUAGCUGAAGAGAGCAGAAGCCGGAGGAAGACAGUGGUCCUAUAGUGCCCAUGGGUGAGAAACGGAAACUUUGAGCUGCAGCUUCGGUUUAUCCUCAAAGCCUGCAUUGUUUGUCUUCAUCUAAUCGAGCUUUAGUGGACAUCUGUGACAGUUGCCUGUACACAUGCUCUAAUGAAAUACUAGAAAUGGCUGUAAAUUCAAAAGAAACCCCAUAUUAUGUAUCCGCAUCACUGCUGCUAGUAUUCAUAUUUUUGCACAUACUGUUUAUUGCUUAUGUGUAGAAGAAAUGAAACUAGUUUUCAGAGUUAUUAUUAAUAUGAAUAUAUAUCAUGUAUUAAUACUGAGGAAAAAUACAUUUCCAGCGUUCGCAGUCCUUCAUUUCCUGUCUCCAACAGAAAAUUCACUCAUUCAGAAAAUAAUGUAAUUCUUGAUAAUAAAAUGAGAGUUUUGAUCAAGAACAGCAUAUACAGCUCCAAAAUGGAAUGUGAAGGAUUAGUAAAAGACACAUCUCAUGUUACUUUGCAACCCUCAUACCACGGUUAAUGUCAGGGUGAUUUGUUAUAAAACACGAUUUGGGAGUUAAUGUAAGAACAUAAUACUCACUUUAUAUAUUACUUUCUUAGUUAAAGGAUUUAAUUAUACGAAUCUAAUCAUACUUAUUUGACAUAUUAGAAGCUGAGGUUUCUAGGAAUUUGAGAAAGGUAUAAGAAAUAAAUAGGCUAAAGAGAAAGUGGAUACUUUAUUUUAUAGCUUUAUUUUCCAUGAUAGAAACAUAAAUUUAAUAGUAUCCUAUAAUAAUUUAGUGUUGUACAUUUUGUAAGACUUUAAAAUAUUUUAUUUUAUAGGUUUCACUUUGGCAUAUUGAGAUCUUUGUUUUGAAGAUGAAUCAUAUCCUUAUUUUAAUUAAUUUUAAGUGCUACUGGCAAAUUUACGCGUAUGCUUAGAUGCAGUUAGAUGUGAUAGAAUGAGAUAAUUUAUGUAAAGCAGUAGAGUGCCUGGCACAAAGCAAGUGCUUAAUAAAUGUUAUUAGUUGUUGUUAUAAUUAUUGUUGUAAAACUAAUGACUUCAAUAACGUGUUGCACUCAAUUUUGAGGGAUUUUGUGAUGCAGAAUAUCUAAGUUAGAAAUAGAAAAUAAUACAGAUGGAAUAAUUAUGUGUUGAGAGAUUUUAAAUGUGUUGGGUAAAGGUUGUAAUAAUGAAAAGCAUUAAAUGCAAAUAAAAAAAAUCUUACUAAGUAUCCCUGAAAACAGAAGCUAAGAAGGUUCACGGUGGAGCCUUGGGCAGGGAGAGAAAGGACCAGAGCUGCCCCAGAGAGAGGAAGCGGAGGCGGAUGAAGGGUCAGCAUCUAACAAAGCCCUGGACCACAUGAGGGCAGCAUCAGGCAGAGCCUCUGAGAGGUAAAGGCAGUCCCAGGAUUUUCCCUUCUUUAGUUUCUUGUAUACAAAAAUGAAGAAAUGGCAAAGCAUGGCUACAAAAACUUGGCAUAUUUGAAUACGUAUCUUAUAGACUAAAACUGAUACCACGUACUUGCCAGACAUUGGCUGCAGGUGUGGCCUCAUUUGCAGUUAACAUCAAAAGACAAAAUCAAAACCCUCUCAUGAGUGAGAGGCCAACAGGGCUGCUGGCACUCCUCUGCUAGACCCUGUGUUCAGGCCCUGGGGCUAAACAGUACAUGGGCACCCAGUGUCACUGAUCCUGAUGUGGUUGGCACUGAGCAGCUGGGGACCGUUCUUGGACUUAACUUCUGAUGCUUCCUGCAGUCUCCAGUCACUUGUCCCUGAAAAAUACAAAAUAAGCAUAACAACAAAAACUAAUUCAAAUGACUCUCAGGGUAAUAUCUUGUUGCCCAUAUUUCCCCUCCAAAAUAUCUUUUUUAAUUGAAGGAAUCAAAUUUAUUUACUGGAUAUUUUCUGAUUCAAAAGACUGAAAUGAACUACUUGGUUCAGCUUGUGGUGUUCAUUGGUGAGACUGUGUGGAAGCUUAUACUCUUUAAUGUGGGAAACCCCUUCAUUCCACCAUUAGGUACCUCAGACCCAGAUUAGGAAUGCUGCUUGUAGUGAUGCUUUUGUGGGAAUGAAGUUGAAAGAGUAAUUUGUCAAUAACAAAAGUGUAAAUGACUGGUCAGAAAUCUAUCUAGUUUUGAUGGUGGCAUGGGAAAGAAAAGUAUGGGAUGGACCUGGAAAUUGGGGAAGAAGCUUCCCAAAGCAGAAGUGUGUGUAUGGGGUAGUUAACUAGGGAUAAGGGAUGGAUCUUGACAUUUAAUUUAGGGUGGAUUUUGUUUACCUGAAAAAAUGGCAAACUGAGGGUUUUCUUCUCAUAUGGUUUACACAUAUAUAAGCACCUCUUAUUCAAGGUAAUUAAUGUAGCUGAUGGUAUGUAAUGUAAUAUUGAUCUCAGAAAGUUUGGUCAGUUAAGGUAAUUUGAGUCAUUUUGUUGGUCAGUCUAGCUGAAAGACUUGCUGAUUUUGUUGGUUCUUGAUCCUUUCAAAGAACCAACAUUUGAUUCUGUUGGUUUUCUCUACUGUGUUUUUAUCUAAUCUUUAUUAUUUCCUUCCUUCUACUUGCUUUGGGUUUAUUUUGUGCUUUUUCCAUUAUCUUAAGGUGGAAGUUUAGGGUAUUGGUUUGAGAUCUUUUUAAUAAAGGCAUUUGUAGUUAUAAAAUUUCCUCUAAGCAUUGCUUUAGCUGCAUCCUAUAAGUUGUGUUUGUUAUAUUUUUGUUUUCUUUCAUCUCAAAGUAUUUUCUAAUUUGCCUUGUGAUUUCUUCUUUGACCCAAUGGCUUUUUAGGAGUGUGUUGCUUAAUUUCUACAUAUUUAUGAAUCCCCAAAUUUCUGUUAUUGAGUUAUAAUUUUCAUUGUAACACACUUUGUGUGAUUUGAAUUCCUUUAAACUGAUUGAGGCAUGUUUUAUGGCCUAGAUAUGGUUUAUUCUGGAGAAUGUUCCAUGUGUAUUUAAGAAGAAUGUGUAUUCUGCUGUUGUUGGUGUUAUGUUCUAUGUCUGUUAGGUCUAGUUGAUCUUCUGCAUAUUUCUGUCUGUCACUGAAAACAGGAUAUUGAAUUCUCCAGCGAUUAUUGUUGAAUUACCUAUUUCUUGCUUCAGUUCUGUCAGUUUUUUUUUUCAUGUACCUUGGGACUCUGUUGUUAGGUAUAUAUACAUUUAUCAUUUUUAUAUCUUUCUGAUGGAGUUAUCCUUUUAUCAUUAUAAAAUGUCUCUCUUUAUCUCCAGCAACAUUUUUGUUUUAUAAUAGACUUUCUAAGACAUUAGUAUAGGACUCCAGCUUUUUUAUGGCUGCUGUUUGCAUGAUAUGUGUUUUUCCAUCAUUUUACUUUCAACCUAUUUGAUCUUUAAAUCUAAAGUGUGUCUCCUGUAGACAGCUUAAAGUUGGAUCUUGUUUUUCCAUCUAGCCAAUCUCUGCCUUUUGGUUGGACUGUUUAACCCAUUUAUAUUUAAUGUUGUUGAUAUAUUUAGGUUUAUGUCUGCCAUUCUACUUUUUGUUUUCUACCUGUCUCGUGUCUUUUUUUGUUUGUUUCUCUGUCCCUCCUUCAUUGCUCUCUUUUGCAUUAAGUGACUAUUUCCCAGUGUACUGUUUCUUUUUUUUUUUCUUUUAUUAUUCUCCAGUGUACUAUUUCAAUUGCUUUAAUGAUUCUUUUUAAUACUUUCUUUGGAGUUUAUUUUCUUAGUGGUUGCUCUAGGGCUUACCAUAUAUUGAUACAUGUUAAUUUAUUAGAAUCUACUUCAGAUUUAUGUUAACGUGAUUACAGUUGGUGUUCUUUGUUCUUGUCAACUGCCUCUUGCCCUAGGCAAAAUCUUUGAGUCACAGCUCAGGAGCUAUGGGUAGGGACAGUGGUUUGCUCUUUGUGGAGUGACACUCCUGCUUUGCAGACAGGGUCCUGGGUAGGGGCAGAAGCCUCUGGUUUUUGUGGCUUGCCUCUCCCAGACUGAAACUUCCACCCUAUGAAUAAGCCAGGGUGAAGGUGACCAAGGUCCCAGUAUUCUCAGCCUGCUGCACCUGGUGUAGAACCUCUGCUUUGUGAGUGGGGGCUGGGUGGAAGAAGGGGGCUUAUGAGCUCUUGGAAUUUAGUCUCUGUGAACCUUUUAUGUAUCCCUUGGUUGGGAUUUGAGGGAAGAGGGAGCCCCAUCUUCCUGGCCUUGCCCACUUAGAAUGGAUAGUUAAUCAUGCUAAACUGGGGUGAGUGUGUUUAUGGCUCAAAUUCUAAAUAAUCUUAUUGAGAUUUAGGAGAUUUUUCUUGAAUACAUUUUUUCUCCAUUUGCUGUAUGUCCUUGGGAAAAUUUCCAGACACUUUAAAUUUCUUCUUCUUUUUAUUCUACCAGGUAUGGUAGUUGCACUGGGAAGCAGGUCUGUGGAGCUUCUCACAUGUCCAUUCUGGGUGUAAUGCUGUCAUCUAAGAUGGCACAUUACUCAAAAUGUCAGGCUGUCAGAUUCCUUCUGGAAUUUUCACUCGAGUAAGCAUAUUUUUCAAAAUUGUGUGUCAGAUAUCAUCAUUGUGAUUAAGGGUAGACUCAUGCUUUUGGAUAACUUAAAGUUUCUUAAAAUGAAGUUGACAUAACAAUGGUAGUAGUUAACUUAUUGAGUUAAUCACUCUGAAACUUCUCCAUUUUAUUUUUCUAUUUAAUUAAUUAAAAACAAUUAGUAUAUGCUGAUUAAUGAUUUUCAAGUCUGACCUCUACAAACUGAGACUCAAGAUGGCAUGUGUGUGAAUAGACACCCAAUAAACCUCAUUUUCCUUAGAAUCUAUUCACUUCUAUUAGAAUAUAUUAAUAUAGCAAAUAUUGAUAUGAUGAAAAGCAACCUAUAUUUUAUUUAAUACAGAAUAUUAUUUGGGUCAUAGUAUAGAGUAUUAUGUAAAAGAUGAGGCUUUAUACACCGAUGAUGUAAUGCAGCUCCUAAAGAUAGGCUCACAGAAACCUUUGUUCGUUUUUUUCCGUGUUCCCUUCCUUUGUUUAGAGGUAUUUCCUGUGCUGCUUCUGUGUGAAGCUCUUAACUGACACUCAGUCAGGUAGUGAGGUGGUGACACGUGACCCUUCAGACGAGUGUUGUUGUUUUUUUAAGAAAGAUAAAAACAACAUAGAAGAAAGGCUUUUAUUGGAAACUUUGUGUUGUGUCAGACUUAGAUUACAUUUUAAUAAAGUAUACUGGAAGUUUUACACUUCAGAUUGUACAGGAAUCCCCGCUUGGAAAUGACACUAUUGAGUUUUGAGAAACUUUUCAAUUUCUGAAACUUCAGUGAAUCUGCAUAAACGACUGAUCUGUAACACUUCUACACCUCCACCACCCAGUGGGACACUGUAGUUUAGUGAGUCAAUAAAAUUUAAGAAAUUUCUUAGAGCUGCUCCAGAGACCUAGAUAUGCUUGUUUUACUCCCUUUUGGGCCUGAUUCAUUUCCAGAAUAACUCUACUGCACACUUCUUUUGAUAAACUUUAAUUGCUUUCAAAUUACAUUGGAAUUUAGUCAACCUCAAUAGGAAUUUUCCUGUGAAAUUAUAUUAGAAUCUGGCCCAAAGGGAUUAAAAAAAAAGAAGAAGAAGCAUAAUAAAGUCUAUACAUUGCAUGAAAAACAUUUUAUCUUUUAUAACAUAAAGAUGCUUCUUUAUGGCAUGAAAGAAAUCUACAGUGUUCUUACAGCAAAAGACUGGGAUGAAAAUUAACUCCUUGAAAUUUCAGUCAUAUUAAAUAAAUUUCCUAACAAAUGCUGCUUUCAGCAAAUCUCAUUUGAAUAAAUUAACCUUAAAACAAAAAAAAUCUUUAUAAUUAACAUGAUUUCUUUCCCCCUUUUUUUUCUGCUCAGAAAUUAUCUUCAAAUGACAUAGUUCCAAAUAUUCAAGAAAUAUGUUUGGGGCCCUAUUAAAAAAUUCAGAUGCACAUCUGAUGGAGUCGUUUAUGAGGAUUUUGCCUUUGCUCUUAGGCUCAGUAGUUACAGUGGUCGAGCUCAGCCUUCAUACCUAACCAGAAACUUGAAGCAGUUUAGGAAGAACUGGGACCAGCUAAGAAAAACCUACAAUUCCACAGAUCUUUAUUUUCUAAGUCCACAGAAAAGAAAUGUGAAUGCAGUUCUUCUGGUGGGGAAAUUGGUUUUCCCAGGAAGAGGAAUUGAUGCUUCUAGAGCACCAAGGAGGUGAUUUUCUCAUUUAUGUAAGUGUGAGAAAUGUCCUAAGUGGUACUCUCUUACGCGAGACAAGUACAGGUGAGCAGUUAACUCCAAGGGACUGUGCAUCUCACAGAGGCCAGGGCCAUUAUUACUGCUAGUCCUUGCACGAAACUAUGUAUUUGAAAACAUGUUAUGGACAUUGAUUGCACCUAUUAUUUCUCAAUGAAGUUCCGACCCUUGGGCUCCAGCCUUGUGUCUCUCUGUUCUCAACACCCCACCCCCUCCCCCGCAAAGACUAGAGGGUCCAUUGUUGCUGACUUCUACAUCUUUGGCAAGAGAACACAUAUUUUCACUACGAUCCUUGGAGGCCUUUUCUUAUUUCUGGAUUACUGACAGUUGGUCUGCAUUGUUUUUUAUCAUCUCAUGCAUUUGUGUUAAAUAUAUUUGAAUCAUCAUAAUCACUGUGUUGUGGGAAUUGGCUCAAAGGAGGCAGACAACAUUUAAGCCAGAAGAAGCUUUUUUCUUUCUUUCUUUCUCAAUCAAUCACCUUUUAAAAACUGGUCAAUAAGAUGAUGUAAUUGAUUUCUGGGGUUUCUUAAUUCUGUCCUCUGAUUUAGCUGAGGGUAAACUUCCUUUUUUUGACCAGAAAGAAAAAUGUGUCAAGUAUAUGUGUGGUCAAACCUAUGCAUCUUCUGAAGAAUUAUUUUUAUUUUGAACUAUUUUAGAAUAUCUCCAACUUUCCCCAACAGUAUUCAUUUCUACCACCACCCUGGGAAGCAGGAAGAUGAGUAGCAGUAGCUCCUCCAGGUGAACUGUGGCCAGAGAACAACUCAGCCAGUGGAGACAAACGGUGCUUCCCAGCAGAAUGCGGAUAUAACGGGUCCAUCGUGCAAGUUAAUUAUGGAGCACUUGCGUAGCAGGCACUGGAAUAGAUCCCGGGAAGGUUGGAGGGUCAGUGAUGCAUAGCCACAUCCCUCAACUAGAGGCAGCAACGAGGCCCAGAAGAGUUCUGAACACGAGAUUGAUGUCUUCUGGAGAUGAGCUCCACGUGAGGUAAAAUGGGGGGUUGGCAAGCCUGUCACCCAGAGGUGUAGGCAGGUGGGGGGGAGAUCGGGGCCAAGAAGCAACAUGGAGAAGCAGAUGAGGCAGGACAGGUACCUGCUCUACCUGCUGGCGUGAGAGCUGCUGUCUGAGGCUGCAUCCUUUCCCACAUCACAAGCUCUUCUCCUCUUCAUCCAACGAAUAGACGAGUCCAGAUGUGAGUGAGCUGCAGCCCCUCAGUUUACUAUUUGGGGAGAGUCAUUUGCAAGUUUUUUACAUGACUCCCUAGCUCCAAGAAGUAUAAACUAGCUCUCUCUCUCUUUUUAAAUGUCUUGCUUGUAAAUUGUCCCUAAAAAAACUACUGUGCUCAUGUCUGAUCCUUGCAGGUAGCAUUGAAGCACCUUGAAGGUAAGGACUUUGACAGGUUCCCACAGCUUAUCUUUCUCCCCUACACCCUUGUCGCCUGACAGAUUUCCCAGUGAGACAAAAGAUUCUGAACUUAUUACCAGACACAAACAAACAUCAGUAACAACUACAUACAAAUUUUCUUAUCUUUUCGAAGAUGUAAAAUAUACCUCUGUGUGUGUGUGUGUGUGUGUGUGUGUGUGUGUAUUUUCCACCAUCUUUUCUCAGCUGUCAUUGCUAAAUCCAUGAUUUCAUGGUAAAAAUAGCUGUAACCUGGAAAACAACUAGAACCUUCUUGGUUUUUAAUAUUCUCCUAGAGGCAGAGCAUCUUUUUCUUUCCAACUUGCUGACAACACAGUUGUUGGGGGUCAGACACUCAGGAUGGGUGAUUCUUGAUAAAAAAUAAUGGACACGUGGUUGUCCUAGCAGCUUCUGACCUUGUUUCUAUUUUCUGUGUGUUCUCUAAGAGGAUGCCUGGGUCAGCUCUGACACACCCAGGGCUUUCAGCUCUUUCUCAGCAUCCUGGACCCCUGCCAGUCUCCAUUUUCUCCAGGUCCAUGAGGCAUAAGACAGAUCUACAAGGACUUUGGAGCUGGGCAUCUACAAGGCAAAGUUGAGGAGCCGGAUGGUCCUCUGCCAGUGCAUAGAGAGUUGGGGGUACCAGCUGGUUGAUUGGGCAGGUCCCCAGGCUGAGCAGGAUUCCAGCUCAGUAGAUUCAGAGCAGCUCUGGGAGAACUGGUAAACCCACCCAGGGCUCUGGCCCGGUCCAUUCUUCACCUUGUCAAUGUCACCAUCUUCUAACCUCUUUUUUGUUUGUCUUCAAAUAGCCCUCCUUUUGAAUAUCGGUAUCCCUUUAGAAGCUGAUUUAUUCUAUCUGCUUUAUGCCACACGAGUGCUUUUUCAUUUGGUGUAAGCUGGUACUCUUCCUCCUUUCGAUGGGGAUUUGUCUUCAAAAUUAAUUUCAGUCAUUUCUUCUUCUCUUCGUAUCUCUAUCAACUCACAAACAUUUCUUGGAAAGACCAGUUUAUAUGAUUUAUUGGAUCUUUAGAAAACCAUUACUAUCUCUUUUAUUCCAUAAUUAUUUUACUUAAAGGUUUAUAAAGUUAUACUUUUUUCUUAUUAUUUCCUCUCUCUAUAUAUAUUUAUUUAUUUUUUAUUGGAGUAUAGUUGCUUUAUUCUGACAUGAACGUAACAAAAAAAGUGUCUUUCUGUUUACGUAGUAAGUACAGGAUAAAAAAUACCAGGAUUUGUUUGUUGUGUCCACAUAUUUCAGUGGGUUUUCUUCAGCCUUUGCAACUACAAAAGCAAUACAGUUACUUUACUUGAAACCUACCAGAGAAGAGGAGAGCUGUCAGCUCUAAGUAGUUUUUCAAUUAAUUUAGUCUUUCUUUCUCCACUGGUAACAAGUGCGUUGCCCAGGCCCGGAAGCCUUCUCCCAUAGUGCUGGAGUGAUGAAGCAUGGCUGGCACAUGGCAUUGCUUGCAAUGACAUCUUUUUCUGCACAAGCGUUCUGAAAUCACUGUGGAUGGAUAGAUAACCUGUCUUAAAAGGACAGCCUACUGUGAUUCGUAAUCCUGGUACUGCAACAGUAGGCAUAGCUGCCUAAGACAAAAAGGCUUUUUCCAGCUUUGUGUGAAUCAUCGCUCAAGCAUUUAAAACACGGAGUCUGUUCUUCCAGUGCAAAGCACUCUCGUUAAUAUUAAUGAAAGUCACACAUUUUCUCUCAAAGACAGAAAGGAUGCCUCAGUCUUUCCCCAGGAAUCCUAGAUUGUAAAAGAAGAGUAUCCGUAACUGCUUUUUUUUUUUUUUUUUU